UUGUUAAUACUCAAAAUUGAAAUAAACAGUGAUAAGUUUAAUCUGUUGGUAUUUUUUGCAACUGCAACUAUUGCUCUUCACAACUAUCGAUAGCGGUCUGCAACUUGCUUAUCGUUUGUGUGCCAUCUGCAGGCGAACAGCUGUUUUUUCGGAAAUUGAAACUUUGUGAAUUUUUUUUUGAAGUGAGCCUGCAAUGUCGGCGUUUGUGAAAACCGUGUGCCUGGCCCAAAAGCUGUGCGCCGCCAAUCCCGCCGUGGCACGCCAGGCGAUCCGCAGCAUGGCUGGCUGGAACAAAGACUACAAGCCGGGUCCGUAUCCACAGACGGAGAAGGAGCGUCUGGCGGCGGCCAAGAAGUACUAUCUGCUGCCGGAAGAGUACAAACCGUAUGCUGAUGACGGUCUGGGCUACGGAGAUUAUCCCAAAACGGGCGGCGGUCUGGGCGUUGAGGCCAAGGACUCGUAUUAUCCCUGGGAUUAUCCGGAGCACAAGCGCAACCACCACGAGCCCAUCUCGGCGGAUCAUGAUCUGUACAGCGAGGAUCGCUGGUCGCAGGCCGAACCGCCGCGCUACAGCAACGCGUACUACUUUGUCUGCUUCCUGGGCGUCAUGUCCGGCUGCCUGGCACUGUACUACUGGCUGGAUGACAAGAAGAUGUACCGCCCCGUGGCCGCCAAGCAAUACCCCAGCGAUGGGGUCAAGCACUACACCUUCGAGAAGUAGAAUGUGCCACACUCUCGAUCGCUCUGCGGGCCUCGUUUUUAUUUCAUAGGCAAUUAAUCAACGCAUCUGUACAAUUAAAAUGAAUGGAAACCAA